ACGAGGGCGCGCACCAUGGUGUUCCUCACCGCGCGGCUGUGCCUGCGGAACCGCCUCACAGACCGCUACUGGCGGGUUCAGGAGGUGCUGAAGCACGCCCAGCAUUUCCGGGGAAGGAAGAACCGCUGCUACCGGCUGGCAGUCAGGGCGGUGACCCGAGCCUUGGUGAAGAGCACGCACGCCCGGAGGCUGAAGAAGCGGAGCCUGAGGACCCUCUGGAUUAAUCGAGUUACAGCUGCCUCCCAGGAACAUGGCUUAAAGUACCCAGCUUUCGUUACCAAUUUAGUUAAGUGCCAGGUGGAGCUCAACAGGAAAGUGCUUGUGGACCUGGCCAUCUAUGAACCAAAGACUUUCAAAUCUUUGGCUGCUUUGGCUAAGAGGAGGCAGCAGGAAGGAUUUGCUGCAGCUUUGGGGGAUGGGAAGGAGCCUGAAGGCAUCUUUUCCAGAGUGGUGCAGUACCACUGAAGGCUGCAGUGCUGUGGAAACUGUUAGAAACAAGGAUUGUCGUCAGUAAGUCUGAUUUGUAUUUAUGUACAUUUUAGUAGCAGGCUUGAGAGAAUAGGUUUUCACUCAAUGACACAGUCCCAAAUCUGUCCUGUAAAGAUUGUAC